AUGUCUUCCUCGUUUCCAUCUAUCCUGGGCUUUGUCGGCCCGUUGUCACUCAAAUCUUUCCUGGAACAGUACUUUGGUCUUCGUCUCACCUUCUCUGUAGAGGCUGCAUCUCCACCGAGAGCAACCACAGAGGCAGAGACACCAAGUGCUGCCAGGUUUCGCGCUUUACAUGAUGUGGUGCUGCCGCCCAACCAGUCGUUCCUGGUCGUCGUGUACGUAGCGUUGCACGCCUCAUCUCCCCCUCCACCUAUCACGGCACCCGCAUGCACAACACCAGCGACACUGGCUUCGGGCUGCGGUGCAUCUGCCACAGGCCUCGGGUGGCUUCGGCAGCCGCUGGCCCAUCAGCCGGUGGUAGCAACAGCUCACGAUACAUGUGUGAAGCGAGGCAGCCUUACCGACCGACCCAACCCUUCCUCUGUCUCCUCUCUAUCCACUGGAAAGAGCGGCAGCGCUCGUGGUCCUUGGCGUGCCUCAGUCCCUUGGCUUCUCUACACCAACACUUCUCAUCGACCUUUCACCGAUGUUCUGUUGCGCCACCCGUGGUGGGCAUCGUUUGCGGCCUGUCUAGGUCCCGCAGCGAUGGGGUUCAUCGAAAUGUACUGUCCUAUCGUUCUUCAGCUGGAGGCCAUGGCUGGCGGAGUGCAGGUGCUCGGACCUGCACUAAAACAUGCCGCGUUAGAGACGUCGUUUUCCGUGGCGGCGCAGUCAUCGGAGAUGAAGGGCCUUCCGCCACACAGAGGCGCCAAUGUCUCUUCACGUGGUGUGAAGCGUGCCGGCGACGCAGGCGUGUGCACGGCACCUCUGCCACUUCCAAAGCAGAGGCGGGUGGAGACGGUGGAGGAGUUGCUGAAGGCAAAGGCAGGAGGAGGGCUUCAACGAGGAGUUGCUCUGAGCAGUCAUCCGUGUAAAGAUGGCCCAUCUGCCACUCCCGUGCGCAGAGCGGCCAUACCAGCCACCUGGGCGGCCGCGUUGCUGCGCACUGAUGUACCGCGUAUUCGACUCUACAGCGUGCGCAUCUCGGACAGAGACUACGUCGAUGACGGCGACGGCGCACUUCCGCUGCCUGCGGGCUUUCUCGAGGCUCAGUGGCUUCGCCGCCAUCCACACAGUCUGCACAGCGUGUUGCAAACCGCUCUACCGAAGAGGACGGCCUACGGGGCAUCCACACGUCGCUGCUCUGUGUGCACCAGCGAGAGGGGCGCCGGGUGCACCAGUGUAGAAGACAUACCGAUGCGUCACGUGGCGCACGUCUUUCGUUGGUUAGUGCUACAGCCCUCUCAGGGCAGCGCUGAUGCUUCUCCGACAACCCCACUGAGGUUUGACUUGCCGUCCUACCUGCGCCGCGUCCUGUCCACCGUUCUUGACCAGUGCAGUCGUCUGGACCUUCGCGGUGCCGCUCUAAAGCAUACCGGCUACGUGGAGGAGGCGUUUCAUCGUCAGCAACAAGGCGUGGAGCCUUGGGACGUGCAGCGGCUCUCCACCCCUGUGUGCGUGGUGGUCUCCUACCUGCGAACAUUGCUGUCCACUCUACGCUGGGCACCGCGGAAGGGGGCCAAGGAAGGGCCAUUUUGGGGAAUCACCGCAGCUGGUAGCGAACACGUUCUCGAUGCACUCAUGAGAGCAGUGCAGGGCUGGCUGAUCGCCGGUCGCCACGCCGUCGUUCCAGUUUCUCGCUUCUUGGACGGGGUACCUGUGGCCCAGGUGCCAUGGCUGAACGGGUUCUACACGAGCCCCUCGACGUCGUCCUCAGCAGCGACUUCGUCUGCAGCACGUCACGCGCGCCAUGAGCGUUCACGCGUUCAACAGCGGGUUUGGCUUCAGUUUGUCUUGUUUCUCACGCAGGACAUACUGCCCUUCCUGGUGCGCGCAUCCUUCACGGUCACGUGGAGCUCCAAGAAUACGCACACGCUUCUUUUUUUCUCCGUGGCUGUGUGGCGUCGACUAGUGCGCCACGAGGUGCGCCGUACUCAAUCUUUUGGUGCUACCCGUCCGCAGAUGGCACUGACUUUGGGAAGCGUUCGCCAUGCCGGUGUGGAGCGUGCUGCAUUGCCCUCGGCCUCAAGCGCGUGUGGAGGCGUGGCUACGACUGCGCUUGCGUCACUACACUCAGUCGCUUCCACGGCAUCUGCGGUGAUUCCCGCACCAAAAGACGUAUGGUGCGCUAUUCGUACUGCAGGUGCAAUGACGCAUCGGGGUGCACACGCCAACCUUUCCACCCACAGUGGCGGUGCAUCCUGCCUGUACGCUGGCGUUCGCUUCCGCCCUGAUGGGCGCAAGCUGCGACCCAUUGCUGUGGUGCGUAGCGCGCCCCUUCGAUCGUUGAAAGAAAUGGCUCGUGGGUCACCGAGUCCGUACAGCUACUCACACUCUAUCGCGCGUUUGUUGUGCAGACUGGGGUGCAGUGACACCGAUGGUCAGCUGCCCGCGGCGACAGCGACGCUGCUAAGGCGGGUGCGGGCACGCAGUCGUCGCAACCACCGUACCGGCUUCCGUCGCUUUCGCCAUCCGCUGCCCACGCACCUUCCACACAGGGCUGCACUGCAGAAUGCAUUGCGCUGCUUGGUAAGCGGCGUAGAGGAGCAACGUGUGCGGGACGGCUUGCCCCGCCUGAGCAACCUUUCCCACCAAGACGAAUAUGCAGAGCUGCGCAGUUUUUGCGAAGAGGUGCGAGGAGGGCACGCACUGCCAUGCGAAGGUCUUGCAGGUACGGCGUCAGGGGCCUCACCGAACCCACCGCAAGGAGCGGCUGCCUGUUUCACACCUUGCGCCAUGCAGACUGUCACUCUCGUUCGCAGCGAUGCUUCGCGUUGCUAUGAUAACUUACCACAAGAGCGGGUGCUUGCAGCUGUGGCGUCUCUGGUGAAGCAUGACGCCUACCGUGUGCUUCACUUUACCGUCAUUCACGCCCUGAACGGUGAGGCGGCUCGCGCAGGUGGUUGCCUACUCCGGCGCGCUUUUACAACACGCACCAUCCCGUACACGGAGAUGGAGUGCGGCGUUUUGGCUCGCAUUCCUCGCGGCCAUAUCUACUGGGAAGAGGAGGAGGGACGCACACAGGGUGGGCCCCAUGCUACCGCGGCCGCCUCUUGCGCAGGCGACCCCCGCAGCCGCUGCGGCCCGAACUUCAUUUCGGGUGCCGCAGUCCGCGCACUCCUGAGCGAACAUGUACGCCACCACCUUGUUGUCGUAUCGGGAGGUAGCUUGUUUGAGCAGCGCGUCGGGAUUGUGCAGGGCUCCCCGGUGGCGAUGCUCCUGUGUGACUACCUCUUCGCCGAUGUCGUGGACACUGCUUUGUCAUGUAUACUGAGCGAGCAUGCGGAGCGGUCGCUGCUGCUGCGUCGGGUUGAUGACGUGCUUGUUGCCACCGCAUCACCCGCUGCGGCGGAGAGGUGCCUGCAGGCGAUGCAGCGCGGCUGGCCCUCGGUGGGGUACCUGAGUAACCCGAGCAAGCUAACGUUGUCGAAUGCAUGCGGCAGCUUCGUCCCGUGGUGCGGUCUUCUUCUACAUGACACAACGCUUGAGGUCAGCGUGGAAUGGCGGCGCAUCGGGGCGUUACUGACGUCUCUGCGUGUCGGUGAUCCCCGCUACGUGCAUCGUGGGGAUCGAGAGCCGUUGUACUUCACGCAGCGCUUUCUUGCAGUGUUGCAGCUCCGUGUGGUUCCCACGGCGUUGUGCGGUCGCUUGAACUCCAAAACCAGGCAGCUGCAGACCUUCUACGAGGUCGGUCUGCUGUGGAGCCGUGUAGUGCUGGAGAAGGUGCAGGAGACGUUACCGGUGGCGCGCAAUCGUGAUGUGGCAGUCCUGCUGCUGCGCCCGCUGGCCGUCUGCGUAGGUCGUCUGUGGCGGUUGCUUCACCGUCAUCAGCGCUUUCUUGCGGCGCGGCAGUCUUCGUGCGGUGUGUCGGCUGCCGAGGUGCGGGCCUGCGUUUUGACAGCCCUUCAUCGUACAGUACAAGCAAAGCUGAGGGUGUUGCAGGCUCGCACGAUCCGCGUGAUGUGCGCCCAGCGAGGGCCUCCACAGAGAGGAGCCUCUUCUCUGAACAGGUGCCCAAAGAGCCUUUGCGCCCACAAGGCACCAUCUGCUGGACACCAGGGCUGCAAGCGGCGCCGCAAAGGCUGUAGGCGUCGUCUUAACCCGCGUACCCGCUUGCGCUCCUUCUGGUGGAUGGCCGCUGCAGAAGUCGAGUCGCAGUGGCGCCGCGCCCUUGGCGCCCUGCAUCGAGCAGCAUCCCGCGCGUUGCCAGGGCAUGAGUCGACUGCACCUUCAUCGGCUACGUCGGCAUCAUUGCUCAUGGAGGAUGGCCUGGGAUCAAUGCACGCGCGUGCACUAAGCGCGACGCGCCUCUCACAGACAUGA